AUGCUGGUCUCGGCUCAGGAUGCGGAUUGUAUCUCCUUGAAGGGUUCCAAAGCAUGCCCGGCGUUUACAUCUGCCUCUAUCUCUACCGGAGGCGACGUUCGUAACUUCUACCCGUUCUUGCAAUACGUUUCGGACACAGCAUCUUUCGAUAGUCAGCUUUCCGGUUUUGUCGAGAGAGACUAUGUGCAGAGGCACGACUUGUAUGCUCGCUUCACAACAAGUGUACUGUGCAAUGCCAUAGUUCAAAACUCUAUCGAACCCUGCGGUCUUUCUGAGGAGCAGUCUCGGCCCUUGUGCGCUGAUGACUGUGCUGACUUCGCCCAAAGCGAGGUCUAUCUGACAUCAGACGACAGCAUUUGUUCGAACCCAUCAGACGGUCUUUUGCCGCUGAUCAGGGCAGACUUCACUAACUGUGCUCUUCCUGGAGGCUCAUUGGACACCUCGACUUGCAUCAAGGCGAUUGACAAUGAGGGGGAGAACUGCGGUUAUGGUAACAGUACCAUUGGACUUUGUUCUUACUGCGGCUCAAGCGGUCUUAACUCGACCGACACCUGCUGCUACAAUUCUAACGCUGAGGAUCGUUGCAAGGAUGUAGAGCUGCCAUCAAUAGCCCCCACCGUCACUUUCUCUCGCGAAUCCCCAACAUCUUCGGCGACUGAAUCGAGCACUGCAGACGGAAACGAUGAAGAGACCGACGAGGGCGGCGGUGGUGGGCUAAGCGGCGGUGCGAUUGCUGGGAUCGUUAUUGGAGCCCUCGCAGGAGUUGGCUUGCUUGCUUUGGCUCUGCUCUUGUGCCUCAGGAGGAGACGGAGACCCGGCAGCCCCAAGGGCAGUAUUUUCAACCAACCUGCGCCUGCCCGACAAGGUCCAGCAGCAAUGGCGCAAGCCACAAACUCGACCGCUCCUCAAGGAUAUGAAGUUCUUCCUGGUGGACGUAUAGCACGCAUGUCUGCCCUGGAAGGCCACUCCGGCGAUUCACCUUCCCACCAUCGCGACACCUCAUCGGUCACAGGAGGAGGAAUGGCUGCUGUAGGGGGCUAUCAACGAAGAGGCGCUGAUAACUCAUCUUCAGAUGAAUUCACGUCGAGCCCCCCUACGUCCGAAAACCGAGGUGGAAUUCUUCGACCGCCACCCGCAAGACCCCGACGACAAGGAUCCCUAUCAAGCAACUCGGCCCUUGGCAGCUCUGUACCGCAGUCUCCAUCUAGCGCUGGGGGAUUUUCGUCACCACAGGGCGUUGCUAGCCAACAAUCAGAACAGUUGCCUUUCUUCAAGGACUACUACUCCCAGGACGACAUUCACCCCGGCGACAAGAUCGCCGUUCUUUGGGCGUACCAGCCACGAGCGGCUGACGAGUUUACCUUGGAACGUGGCGACAUGCUCAAGGUUGUAGGCAUAUGGGAUGACGGUUGGGCGACAGGUGUAAUGCUCAACGACCGGGCAGACGAUUGGGAGACUCGACGACAAGCUCAACGCGAUAGUGGCGUAUCGAACGCGUCGGGUCGCCGGGACAGCUCACCGGCUGCAGAAGGCGAGAUCAAGGCGUUCCCUCUUGUUUGUGUUUGUCGACCAGAACACUGGAGAAAGACAAUUGACGGCGAUGGAUCAACGGAAUCUGGAUCCAACUUCAACGCCUUCUCAUCAUGA